AUUGAUACAGAAACAAAGAAAAAUUCUCAGAUAACGAUCGUGAAAGAGAAAAAGAAGAAGAAAGGGCAUUUCGUUGUAUGUGAUCAACGAGGUGGCGACAGAAAACGCCGAAGAAAGAGGAGAGACGCGCAACAGUCGUCUCCAACUUUUUCUCCUCUCUCUGUUUCCAAGUCUUGAAGGAGUUUUCGGCAACAGUGCUCCGGAAAUCGCAGAGAAGGAAGAAUUAAUGGCUGCUCGCGCUGUUGUUCCUCAGCGACACAUGCGACUCAGAGGUGAAGUUAAGCCAAAGAUGGUAGCUGCUGAAGGAAGAACCAGGCGAGUUCUUAAAGACAUAGGCAAUCUGGUGCCUGAUGGAGCCGUGGAAGGGGGGAAACCCGGGCCUCAACCAGCAGAGAAGAACAAGAAAGCAAUCAGCAAAAAACUGGAGGGGGCGGUGAAGGGUGGCGAUGUGGCGAAGGCUGCUGUGACUCAGAAGUGCAAAGCUGAGAAACAACUCACUGUUCUCCGCUCCGCCAAUGAGAGAAAUAUAAUCAUUAUCAGCGAUACUAAAUCGAGAGACAAGAACAAGAAGUCCCUGACUUCAACCCUCAGUGCCAGAAGCAAGGCUGCUUGUGGACUUACCAAUAAUCCACGGGAUUCAGUAGCUAAUAUUGAUGCAGCAGACGCUAACAACGAACUGGCAGUAGUUGAAUACAUCGAUGACAUGUACAAGUUUUACAAGCUUGCAGAAGAUGAGAGUAGGGUAUCGGAUUACAUGGGUUCACAGCCAGAUCUGAAUGCUAAGAUGAGAUCUAUCCUCGUAGAUUGGUUGAUAGAAGUUCAUCGCAAGUUUGACCUGAUGCCGGAAACCCUUUACCUCACUGUAAACAUUGUCGACAGAUUCCUCUCUUUGAAGACCGUGCCAAGGAGGGAACUUCAAUUAGUAGGCAUCAGCUCUAUGCUAAUAGCAUGUAAAUAUGAAGAGAUUUGGGCUCCGGAGGUCAAUGAUUUUGUGAAUAUAUCUGCUAAUACUUACCAAAGAGAACAGAUUCUAGCGAUGGAGAAAACAAUUUUGGGCAGGCUGGAAUGGCUCCUUACAGUUCCUACACCUUAUGUUUUUCUUGUUCGAUAUGUUAAGGCUUCUGACUCGUCUGAUGAGGAGGUGGAGAACAUGGUAUUUUUUCUGGCUGAGCUCGGUGUGAUGAACUAUCCCGUAGCAACAUCAUACAGCCCUUCAAUGAUUGCUUCAGCUGCUGUUUAUGCUGCACGGCGCACCCUUCAUAAGAGCCCUGUCUGGACAGCAACUCUGCAGCACCAUACAGGCUAUGUUGAAGAUGAGUUGAAGGAAUGCGCGGAACUCCUGGUGAACCUGCACCGUGGAGUUGCAGAUGGCAAGCUCAAGGCCGUGUACAGAAAAUAUUCGAGUCCAGAUCGUGGUGCAAUUGCUCUUCUUCCUCCAGCUAAAAGUCCAAGUGAAGAAAAUGUAUGAGAAGGCGGAUUUGUCAACUGUUCUUUAAUUAUUGUGGAUGAUCAUUUUGCUGUAAUGAUCUUUAGCUUUAGCGCUCUCUGUAUUAUUCGAGCUGCUUAAUUACUCCACUAAUUCCUUAGGCAUUGUGUGAAGAGGAUCAGGAUUUCAAUAUAUUUCAGUCUUUUGGAAUCUUCUCUCA